AUGAAAGCUAACUCAAUACCCAUGGUCAUCACCAUCACAUUCCUCAUUUUCUCCGUCACAACGGCUGCGCAGCCACCCGCCGGAAAAUCGGAUUCCAUCAAGGAGUGCGUGAACCUCCUCCUCGGCCCAAAUCCAGAGGCCGGCCCAAUUUCCAAAUGGAGGCCCAUUCUCUGCAAGGAUCUCCUCCGGACAACCGCAAAGUCUUUUAAGAUCACCGGAAACCUGCCGCCGGAGUAUCUAAGGACACUGGAAGAACUGCCGGCAUUCAAGAAUAAUCCGGCGAAGCUGAGGACUUACCUCUGCGGACUUGGUCUGACCAAGAAGGCGGCCGAGAAGUUUGGAUGUAGUAAGAAAAUUGUAAUUGAGAGGAACUAA